CACAGAUGUGGUGACUUGUGAAGAUUCCUUAAAAUCUUUAAAAGGAACCUGGACAUCAAUGAAUUGCUCCCUUUUGGAGGGUUUCCCUGGAGGAACCCAGAGCUCUCAGGUUCAGAAUGGAGCUGGGCAGGACAGCAAAACUUGAACCCUUAAAGGCUUCACCUGCAUGUGAGGUAGCUCUUUCCCCUCCCUGAGAAAUGUCCUGAUUCUGCCAAAGCUGUGCUGACUCCCUCUGGGAUUUGGAGCCCAGCAAGAAAUGUGCAGAGCUCAAGAGCCAUCCUCAGGAUGUGGUUCCCAUUCCAGCAGUGCUGCAGGAAUGGGCUGUAGGGGCAGCUGUGCAGAGGGAGCAGGGACAGCCAGGAACCAUCCCUGGGCCUCCUUGGAGCAGCUGCUGGAUCUGGCUCUGGAUUCCCUCAGCUCAGCUGAGUUACCUGAGGGCCUUUCCCUGUGAAUGAGCAGCUACAGGGCCUGGGCCAUUGCCACUCACUUUGCUGUUCUUCUUUCCCACUGUGUUCAUUUCUGGAUGCAAAGUGCAAGUUGGAAUGGUGUCAAAUGAAGCCUUGGGAGCAUUUUGUUUGCUACCUCAUCAGCUCCUCGUUCUUCUGUCAUGUGAGAAUAUGAAAUUUUCUCCAUGAAAACAUCACAUGGAGUACUACAGGUAGAACUGGAUCAGGUUUUUAUCAGGUUGAAGCAAUCAGACAAAUCCAAGCUCUAGUUUCAUAGAGGAAAUACUGAAGAGAACUGAAGUGGAAGAAAAGAUUGGUUUUUCUAUCUGGAACUGGACCAGUGUAAGUCCCAGCUUUGGGAAUGCAGCUGCCCAGUAUUGUGUGCUGUCAUUCCCUUCUGCUGAGGAGUAAGUGGUGUUUCACUUCAAUAAGUACUGCAGUGGUAACUUAUUUUUAACCAAACAUCUUCAUUCCUCUCCCAUUAGAAAAACACCUAAAACUCUUUGCUUUUACUUUCACUUCAUCUUUCCUGAGGAGAAAGGUAAGCCCUGUGUUUAAACACACAGGGAACAAAUGGGGAUGUAGGUAUCCUAAUAUUUUCAUUUUAAUUUCCAUUUUACAUGGAAGUGCUGUUUUUUUAUGGCUCAUUAGAAUUUCUUGGAGCCUGCUGGUACUUGAGACUUUUACAUCUGUAAUGUGGAUUCCAGGGGAGUGUGGGAGCUGAACUGCACACCACGGAUUUCCCUGUGCCUCAUGUGCUUGCAGAGGAUGCAGAAAGGGCAGUGGCCAUUCCAGGUGCCAGUCACACAUCAGGAAAUGACAAAAUCAUCUUGAUAAGGGCACUUUUUAUUUCUUUGUUGCUGUGGUUGUGGGGGCAACAGUAAUGCAUCUUUGUAAAUCUGCCCUGGAUUGGUUUCAUUGAACUCUCCAGCUCUUCCCAGGAGAAUCAGUCUCUGCUCAGUGCUGCACUAUUCUGCCAUCCUUGCAGCCUCCAGACUUCCCAAAAGAGACACCCAGGGGCCUGUUCCAGGCACCUGCUGAGCUGUCCUCAUCCCUGUAGCAUCCCUUGGCUUGGACUCUCACAGUGGAGUUGCCAGAUGGCUGCUGGGGUAAAAACUCCACAAAUAUUUUCUGUUGGUUCUCCUGGCUGGCUUGGAAGGGACAAAACAAAUUGGUUCAGCUUUGGCUGAUGUAAGAUGCUGUCCAAAAGCACUCUAGAAAACAGGUGUUUUAUGACUUUAUUUGGAGAAAUUGUGGGGUAUUGAGAAGCCCAAGUAACUGUUUUGCUUAUGUGAGGUACUUGAUAAAACAGCUUUGCACAACACUCUUGAGAAAUGGGCAAUGGCUCGUACACUAAAAUAUUUGGAUUCUGUGCUGCAGUUAACUUCUCAGUUAAUCUUUACUGCAGCUAACUGAAGGGAGAAAGUCCCAGCUGGGUCAUGUUUCCCCUGCAGAGCUUUUUGUGUGUUGACAGGAGACUGUUGAUGUUGUCUCUGAUCCUGCAGAAGGACACAGGACCCGACUGGAGUGCUGUGCAGAAGUCUCCCUUUCUAGCAAGUCACAGCCACCAGCACAAGCAUAUUGUGGUUUUUCUCUGAAAUCUUUUUGGCUUUUGCAAGUAGUGUUUUCUGAGCCACAAGGUGUGUCUGUUCAAUAACCCUCUGUAGGGUUUUCCCUCUGGAAUUGGUGAUUGAUCUUUCUGAACCACAGUGAGAAGUUUCCAUUGCAGGACCUGGUUCAGCUGAGCUCCGGUGUGACCCCAUUGUCUGGCUGCAUCUGCUGCCAAAGGAGCAGGGGAGAAGCAGGAGAUGAGGGAGGGGAUGCUCACAGUGCCCUGACUCUGUUGGGGUGUUUGACAUGGGCUGUGGCAGCGAGGUUUGUGUGGCUGCUCAGGCAAGCUCUUGGCUGUUGAGCCAUGAUGCUGUUCCUUGGCUCCAGGGUUAAAGGUCGGACAGCCAAAGCCUCAUUAAGCAGCCAGGGAAAUUCUCACCCAGAAGAAUUCAUUAAAAUGAGAAGCCAAUUACUUGGAGGGAAGCUGUGUGUGUUGGUGUCAGAUGUGCUGGGAGACCUGAUACUAAAUGUCACAUUUUCCUUAGUUUUGCUCCCUGUGUGCUGAUACUGGCACCUUCCAGCUCAGCCCCAUGGCAAGUGGUGCAUCCUGCUGGAGGCUGCAGUUCCAGUUGGACCCCUGGGCUCUGAGGAGCAUCCCAAGGCGUGUUGGCUGCAUUGCAGUAGGAAUUCAGUGGUCCCAGGGGGCCUUUGGGGUGUGAGUGGCACCUGUGGGAGGAUCCAGAGAAGGUGGCACCUGAGAAACGUCACUGCAGGGGAGGAAAGAGGAGCUCUGAGCCCGAGUGGCAAAUUAGGGCAAUUAAAGUAAAUCACCAAUAUCCUGUGAAUGUGGCACAGAAGCAUCCAACUGGAAAAAUAAAUAUCAGGGUGGGAAGAGUUUUGAGGAAUACAGAUAUUACAGAUCAGGGAGAGGGGAACAGUGGUGCCACACUAUUGUUGCCUCCAGAAAUUUUUGCGACUUCCCAACAUAAAAACCUUUUGAGUUCAUUAAGGUUGAGCUCAGCUGCACACAUUAGAAUGUUCAGCUAUCAUGCAGCACUUCCUUUCUCAUGCUCCAGGGUAAAUACCUGUUUUUAGCACAGAUGAUGCCAACUUUACAUAAAUGCAAGCAGACGUGUCCCCAGUUUUUUGCUGCAAGCGCAGUGAAGUGCCAAGGUUAAAGCAGUUUGCAUUUGAAUUGUUUAUGACACUGAUAUGUGAAAAAUGCCUCAUGGUGUAAUUGUGUGUAAAUUGAUAUUAAUGUGCUGUCUGCAGCUGAAAAAAUGAAUAUAUUCACAUGAUAUACUCUUAAUUUCCCUGUCAAACAAUUACUGUAAACUCCUUUCAAACUCUGCUUAUUUUUUAAAAUUUAAAACAAGGAGUAAUGAAGAAAUGCGAACCAAGUGUUGCGCUUUGGAUGAGGGUUGUGUCUUUGAGAAGAUGAUUUUAUUUCCAGCCAGUGAGUGAAUCUGACUCCUGAGGAAUAACAGGAGCCCUCUGUGUUGUGGAGAUGGAAUUACCUGGAAAUCAGGAGCUGUUUGCCCAAGGAUGUCUGGCAGCUGGGGCUCUGCAACUGGCCUUGGUAUCCAGGAUUCUAAUGGCAGUAACUGCAGUCUCACCUGUGUUAGGUGUUACCCUGUGUGUGCAGGCUGGGAGCUGCUUUUGGAAAUCCUCCAAAUCAAGAUUGUAUUUUUUGGGUGUGAGCAAACUUCCUGCUUUCAGUCUCCUGGGUAUUUUGGGUGACAGAGGGGAAUGAACAUUUCUGUUACUGGAGCUUUAACUAUAUAUUUCUUUCCUUGCUUACUAAUUCUCUUCCUUUUUACCAUAUUUUAUUCUGGUUUAGGUUGGCCUUGACCACAUGAGCUAAAAGAUGGUGCUGAAGUCCAGUGUGACACAAGAAGUUAGUGUACUUUUUUUUUUGGAAGGGGGGGAAUGUAGACAAGUGGACUCUUGAUGAGGUCCCAUAUUAAUGAUUUACAGGCAGAACUCUGGAGUUUAAAGGAGUGGGAAUACAGCAAGCCAGCGGGACCUGCAGCCAUGUCUGGCAGGCCGGUGUGCAUUGCAGAUUUUGAGGAGUAUGCCAGAAGCUUCCUGCCCAAGUCUGUGUAUGAUUAUUACAGCUCUGGGGCGGAUGACCAGGAAACCCUGGCAGAGAAUGUGGCAGCGUUCUCCAGGUGGAAGCUGUACCCGCGGGUGCUCAGGGACGUGUCGGUGAUGGACCUGUCCACCUCCGUGCUGGGGCACAGGGUCACCGUGCCCGUGUGCGUGGCCGCCACCGCGAUGCAGCGCAUGGCUCAUCCCCUCGGAGAGACGGCCACAGCCCGAGCGUGCCAGGCCGUGGGCACGGGGAUGAUGCUCAGCUCCUGGGCCACGUCCUCCAUUGAGGAGGUGGCGGCGGCGGCGCCGGCCGCGCUGCGCUGGCUGCAGCUGUACGCGUACAAGGAGCGGCGGGUGACGGCGGCGCUGGUGCGGCGCGCAGAGAGCGCCGGCUUCCGCGGCAUCUUCCUCACCGUGGACACGCCCUACCUCGGCCGCCGCCGCGCCGACGUGCGCAACCGCUUCCAGCUGCCCCCGCACCUCAGCCUGAAGAACUUCUCGAGCAGUGAUCUGGCCUUUUCCUCAGGGAAGGACUUUGGGGAGGACAGCGGGCUGGCCGUGUACGUCGCCGAGGCCAUCGAUGCCACCGUCAGCUGGGAGGACGUCAGGUGGCUGCGGGCGCUGACCUCGCUGCCCAUCGUGCUCAAGGGCAUCCUCAGGGCUGAUGAUGCCAGAGAAGCUGUAAAGCUUGGGGUAAACGGGAUCCUGGUGUCAAAUCAUGGAGCACGACAGCUUGAUGGGGUCCCUGCUACUAUUGAUGUGCUGCCUGAGAUCGUGGAGGCUGUGGAGGGGAAGGUGGAGGUGUUCCUGGAUGGAGGUGUGAGAAAAGGCACGGAUGUUCUCAAGGCCCUGGCUCUUGGUGCCAAAGCUGUUUUUGUUGGGAGACCUGUCCUCUGGGGCCUGGCUUAUCAGGGUGAGGAAGGAGCAAAAGAAGUUCUCCAGAUGCUGAAGGAGGAGUUUUGCCUGGCAAUGGCACUGACAGGAUGCCGGAGAGUGGAAGAAAUCGACAGGACACUGAUCCGAAGACAUCAUGCAUUGUUUUCCAAGAUUUAGGUCUGAAGACUCCUGCCUUGUGCAUGGCCUGUUGUGCUUCCAGACAAAAUCCAACUGCAUUCCCUCUGUGGGCCUCCUCCUGCAGUCCUGACUGAGGAAGCGCUCUGCUCUGUAGGAAAUCACUUGCUGAAGAAAGAACUCAAAGCAAAUUUUACAGGUGCUUCCAAAUCUCUCAGGCUCUUAAUGAAAGCUGUGUGAUUAGAGAUGGGCCUUUAUACAUAAAGACCAGCACAGAAACUUCAAGGUGUUUUGCAACAAAUGCUGAUAAUUAAUUUCCAUGCCUGGGAGUAAUUUAGCUGUUAAAGUGAAACUAUAAACAGAAAUGCUGAAAUUUAAAAUGCAAAAGAUGCUUCUUGCUCACUGUUUAGAGAAACUAGUCUGUAGAUUGUAGAGAUUAAAUCUUGCUUUCCUCUGAACAGUGUGUCCUUUCCCUAGUGACUUUAUAAGCAUCUGGGCUUGUGGCACGUAGGCUGUAGGAGCCCAGAGGAGUCUUUGUUUUAAGGAACCAAAGAGCAAAGCAAAACUGGGGAAAUUUGGGGAAAUUCAGCUGAUUAAGUGGCACAAGCCCCUCUGCAAUCAGACAGCUGCUAUGUACAUGCAUUGGAUGUGUGUCAGACCCUUGGCCACUGCAAGUCCCUGUAGCCCAAACUGUGCCAGCUGCAUCCAUCUGGAGCUCAGAGUCCCAUUUUUCACCUGGACUGAUUUGCUAAUAGUGGCAAGGGAAGGCUGAUGCUGCCUGGGAGAGUUUGUAGAAUUUGCAGCCAUGUGCAAAAGGGAAACUUGGAUAACUGAGGCAUUAACCCUUGACUUGGGAAGAGCCUAGUGGCUCUAUUGAGUUUCAUGCACACCCUUAAGUCAGAUAAAUCUCGGUGUUCUUCACUCUGCUCAUGAGGAGGAUGCAGAGACAUGCAGGACUUGUGCCUGUGUUCUCUGAGCAACCCAAAUAUCCACUGAAUUCAGGAGACAUUUUGCAGCUGUAAAGAAUAAAGGAGGUAAGACUAUACUGUUCUCUUCUUGGGUAAAACCAAGGCUAGCUCUUCACCUGUCUCACCUCCCUUGCAGGUAUGGCAGUUUUACAGGGAGCAGGGAAAGGCCACACAGGUUUUGAAUAUCUUGCUGUGAAAAUUUAAUGUUCAUUUUCAAAGAAGACCAAAAAAGAGAAAAAACCCUUAAUUUCAUGGUUUCACUGACAUCACCAGCUCCACCAUUUGUUUCCCAUCAGCCUCGUGCAUUCUGACUCCCCCACUUUGCUCGGUUUGAAAUAUCCCUUACUGAGCUUUAGAGGCAGCUUUGUAGUGAAAUGAUGGAAUAUUAUAAAGGGAACUAAAGCUGGGGCUGGAACUCGAAAUGGGGAGAAAACCCAAAAGGCCACAUGCCUGCCCUCCAGUUGUAAAAUCUGUGCUCUUAUUUACUGCAGAAUGCGGUCUGUUGUGUGAGAGUUGCGUAGCAACAAAAUAAAGUUUAUCUGUGCAAGGAAAUA